UUUCUUUUCAGAUUUACUUACCCUGAAGAAGAUCACACCGCCAUCUUGCACGUGCGAGGCCUCACAAAAUGCGGUACGCAGAUUUGCGUUCGUUUUCUUCCGCGUUUUCCAUUCUUUCUCAAAAGAACUCUUCAAUGGCCGCCUGCUUCCUCUAACCACUUCGAUCAUGAGCUUUCUAGUCCCUCGAUAUAACCAGGUGACCAUCUAACUCUAUGCAAGACAUUCCAUUCACUGUUUUCUCAGAUCAAACCCUAAUUUACCCCGUGUAAAUACUUGAGCAUUCCCUGAUCUGAGUUCAACCCAUAUUUGAUCCAAUUUUAUUCUUUAAUGGAUGCUAGUCUAUGGUAAUGGACACAUCUGAGCCUAGUUCAAAGCGUCGGUUUGUGGAUAAUUUGGAUUCACAAAGGGAAAGGGAUAGAGAAGGGGAUGGAAGAGAAAGUUCAGAUAAGAGGCGGCACCGUUCUAGCAAGUCGAGAAAGCACACCAACACUGAUGAACCCUGCGAUUGGGAAGAUAGUAGAGAUAGAAGAAAGAAUUCACCAGAAAAUGUAUCGAAUAAAAAGAAGUUAAUUAGCUCAAGCAAGGCCGAUAGCUCAGAUGAGAAUGAAUGUGAUGAAAGGAGAGUUUCAGGAUCCCGAACGGUUAGGGAAGAGCAAGAUGGUGACGAUUAUUUAAGCAAGGGGGGGAAUGGGGAUCAUCAUGAAAGAAAUGAUAAGAAAACGAGUGGUGUCAACUAUGAGAAAACAUCAAUUGGUGGUCGUAAAGGACGGGAGGAGGGUCGAAAUCGGUCAGAGGAGGUGGUUUUGCAAAAACGUCAUCCAGAAUCUAAAGAAAGUGAUAGAGAUAGAAGUCAGAGUAGUCGGACAAGUAAACAAAAGGAUGAACAAGAUGGAAAAAGCAAGAGAAGAUGGGAUGUGUCAGAUAGCACGAGACCUAGUAUCGGGGAAGUGAUGGACGAAGAUUAUAAAUCAGAGAGGAGGAGUGGAAAAUCUCGUGAUAGUAAAGUUGGUUCUACUAGAGAGAAAAACAUAGAUACAAGAAGUGAGGCAAGUGAGUAUUCUUCUAAAGGAAGGAGGGUUUCUGAUUCUUAUCAUGGUAAAGGAGAUGAAGGGAAAUCAGCGAGGUCUAAUGAGAGGGAGGAUAAGAGAAAUGACGAAGGAGAGAGAAGGGGUAAGUCCAGAGGGAGGUCUGAAGAUGAUGGGGGAAGGUCAUUCGGUGGGGGCCGGGAUGAUAAGUUAGAUGGUUUGAGGGAUGACAAGCAAAAGCAUUCUAGAGAGAGAAUCGAGGAUAGAGACAAUUGGGACAAGUCCAGCUCUCAAAGACAAACCCAUAAGGGCCAUGACGAGAGAAGUGAUAGGAACCGGAGUUUUCGUGAUGCUUCAUAUGCUGGUCGAGAUGAUACUGAAAAUAAAGAGAGACAUGGAAAACCGGAUGACCAUGAACAUGGAGAGAGAUCACGUGCUAGAGAGAAAAGAGAUUCAGGUUGGGAUGAUGGUGGCUCAAGGAGUGGAAGGGGGGCUAGGCAUACAAGAAGGUCUUGGAGCCCUGAGGCUAGAAAGAGAAGUCGUAGGAACUCCGAAGAGUAUGAGAGAGAGUUUUCGGAUGAUAGAGCUGACUCUGACACUGGAAGAAGCAUGAGUCUCAAGGGAAAAGAGAGAGAGAGAGAUAAUCUCAGGGAUGAGAGACCCAAGGACCGGGAUUCGGAUUGGGGUGAGAGGAAUCAUGAUUGGGAAGACUCAAAGGACAAUUGGAAGAAGCGCCAUCACGAAAGGCACGAGAAAGAGGGAAAAGAUGGUGAUGGGGACUUUGAUUAUGAUCGAGAUUUCGAUUUGCAUAGGCGUGAUCGCGAUAGGAUGGAGAGAGAGAAGUUGCACAGAGGAUCAGGAGAGAGAGCCAAUCGAGGCAGGAUGGAGGGCUCGAAAAGCUUUGCCACCACUAGUGAUGGUUCAGAUAGAACAGGGAGCCAAGUAAAUUCUCUUGAUUAUGGGAGGACUGAUAACAACUCCUCUUUCAUGGGGUGGAAAAAUGAUACAGGUACCCAUCAAGAUUUUGCUAUGGGCACACCUGAAAGAAAUUGGGGUUUCAAUUCAUUAGAUGAAAAGGCAAGAAUGGGGGAUGCAUAUGGCUCAGGGUUUGAUAUGCAGGACCGAUAUGAUGAUGAUGGUCCUCCAGGGCUUGAUCAAAACUUAGCGUUGAACUCAGGGAGGAUGAUUUCAGAUGUUGCAAGUGAUUCUGGGGCUGUAGGAAGAGGUCGAGGGCAAAAGGCCAGUCUAAGCAACAUGAACCGUGUAAACCAAUCAGGAAACAUGCCCCAAUCUCCAUUUGCGAAUACCCCUGGCACCAACUCCUUUGCAAGAGUAGGGCAAGGGGGUAAAGGUGGGAGACCAGGAAGGCCAGGAAGAGGAAGGAUCACUGCAAGAGAUGGGCAAAGAGGCGGAAUUCCUCUUCCACUAAUGAGUCCAAGUCCAGGACCUGGGGUCCCCCCUUUUGCUCAUAUAGCUAUGCCUCCUGCUCCUAUGCAAACACUUGGUCCAAACAUGUCACCUAGCCCUGGGCCCCCACUUGGUCCAGGUGCUUUUAUGCCUCCUUAUGGAGGCCAUAUGGUUUGGACAGGACCUCGACCCGAGCUUAAUAUGCUUGCAGUGCCCCCUGGUUUGGCACCUAUUCCUCCACCUGGACCAACUGGCCCUAGGUUUGUUCCUAAUAUGGGGCCUGGUCCAAAUCAAGCUAUAUAUUUUGGUCAACCUGGCAUAGGUCGAGGGAUCCCUCCCAAUAUGCCUGGUCCUGGUUUUGGUGGAAAUAACUCAAUGGGAAGAGGGAUGCCUGGUGAAAAAGGCAAUAUGGGUAGGGGUCCUCCAAGAAUUACGGGACCUCCUGGUAAAGCACCUUCUAGAGGGGAACAAAAUGACUAUUCUCAGAAUUUUGUUGAUACUGGUAUGAGGCCCCAGAAUUUCAUCAGGGAGUUGGAGCUCACGAGUGUGGUUGAAGACUAUCCCAAAUUGAGAGAGCUUAUACAGAAGAAAGAUGAGAUUGUCGCUAACUCCAAUUGUGCACCAAUGUACUACAAGUGUGAUCUUAAGGAGCAUGUGCUUUCUCCUGAAUUUUUUGGCACUAAAUUUGAUGUCAUCCUUGUGGACCCUCCAUGGGAGGAGUAUGUUCAUAGGGCACCGGGUGUUGCGGAUCAUAUGGAGUACUGGACAUUCGAGGAAAUACAAAAUCUUAAAAUAGAGGCUAUUGCUGACACUCCAUCAUUUAUUUUCUUAUGGGUUGGUGAUGGUGUUGGUCUUGAGCAAGGUCGUCUUUGCCUGAAAAAGUGGGGAUUUCGGAGGUGUGAGGAUAUAUGUUGGGUGAAGACAAAUAAGGGAAACGCAACGCCAUCAUUGCGACAUGACUCACACACUUUGUUUCAGCAUUCAAAGGAACACUGCCUGAUGGGCAUAAAGGGUACAGUACGGCGUAGCACUGAUGGGCAUAUCAUCCAUGCUAACAUUGACACUGACAUUAUUAUUGCUGAAGAGCCUCCUUAUGGUUCCACAAUAAAACCAGAAGACCUAUACCGCAUAAUUGAGCAUUUUGCUUUGGGCCGGAGGCGAAUUGAGCUGUUUGGUGAAGACCAUAACAUUCGUGCGGGUUGGCUGACUGUUGGCAAAGGCUUGUCUUCUUCGAAUUUCAAUACUGAGGCCUACGUGAAGGGUUUUUCUGACAAAGAAGGCAAGGUAUGGCAAGGUGGUGGGGGCCGCAACCCCCCACCGGAAGCCCCCCACCUUGUCUCCACAACUCCCGAGAUAGAGAGCCUUCGCCCCAAAUCCCCCCCGCAAAAGAAUCAACAGCAGCAGCAGCAAGGCACUUCUAUAUCGCAAAAUGCAGCCAGUUCCACCAAUAAGAAAACAGCUGGUAAUUCACCUGUGCCCCACCAAAACUCACCAAUAACUAUUAUUUUAGGAGGGAACCAGGAGGCGUCGGCCUCGAAUAUGCCCUUUCCCAUGUCGGUAUCACCAGGCCCCCCAGAGCUGGUGAGGGCGGCUGGUUCCGGCAAUAUGCCUAUUUUCUCGGGCAUCUCGAGGGUUUCAUCAGUUGGGUCGAGAAUUCAGGAGGUGGAGGGUGUGUUAACUGAUGAGAGGGUUUUGGAUUUGGAGGGUAGUAACUUGGACAUGGACAUGGACAUGAGGUGAGAGAGAGAGAGUGAGACUGAGGGAAGAGAUGGUCCAUAAGGAAGGGUGGUUUGUUCUGUUGUAAUAUGCGGGCUCUUGGAGCCUUUCAUUCAAUUGUAAUUUUUGGUUUUGUUUUUUGUCAUUUUGAUGGGCGCUUUUACCUCUCAUGGGGUUUGCUGCCGCCUAUGUACAUUAAAGCUUAAUUAAUAUUAUGAAAGGGGGAAUAAGGGUAAA